CUUUAAGAGGGCCUAAGAUUUAGUUUAUAUGUUCCAAGCUUGGUGCAUAUGAUUUAUAUGCUCCAGCUUGAGGGGGAGUGUUGAAAUGUAUUAAGUUUAUGUUUUGUGAGUGUGUACCCAACUUAAUAGGUGGGUUGUAUUCUGUCAUGGUAUUCUAUAUAUAUAGAAUACCAAAACCUUGUUAGAGUUAAUGAAUGAAUAAAAUGUCUCAGUUAGUUCUCUAACAAAAGCUAAGGCAAAGGUGUGCCUCUUUGUUGCAGUCUCACCAACCAUUUUCACUCGAAUCAUGUCUCUAAAGUCAGCCAAAGCCAUAUGGGAUUAUCUUAAAGAAGAAUAUGAUGGAGAUGAUCGAAUUAAAGGUAUGAAGGUGUUGAAUCUCAUUAGAGACUUUGAAUUGCAGAAGAUGAAGGAAUCUGAAACUAUCAAGGAGUUCUCUAAGAGGCUUCUGAACAUAGCAAAUAGAGUAAGAUUGCUUGGUUUUGAAUUUAAGGACUCUCGUAUUGUGGAAAAAAUUUUGGUUACCGUACCUGAAAGAUUUGAAGCUACCAUAACCACCUUAGAAAACACUAAGGAUUUUUCCAAGAUCACCUUGGCAGAGUUGCUGAAUUCCUUGCAUGCACAAGAACAACGAAGGGCUAUGAGAGAAGAAGGCUUUUUUGAGGAAGCCUUGCCUGCUAAACAUGAAGAUAGUUGGAAAAACAAAAAAAGGAACCAGCAACCAAAUAGAGAAGGUGUUGUCAGAAGUGAAAACAAAGCAUGAAGCUCUAAGGGAAAGUAUCCUCCUUGCAAGCAUUGCAACAGGAUGGGUCAUCCUCCAUUCAAGUGUUGGAGAAGGCCUGACGCUAAAUGCACCAAGUGCAAUCAACUUGGGUAUGAAGUUGUCAUGCAAAAACCAAAAUCAGCAGCAAGAAGAAGAUGC